AGCAGAGAUCAUAAACUGUCAAGGAGUGGAGCGGGGGAAAUAUUACAUUUCACCUGGGAUACUCUGUAUUUCAGAACAGUUUACAUUACUCAUAGUUAUUUAUUUAAAAUAAUUCUGUCUACAUAGAUAGGUCUUUCAUAAGUUGGAUGUGAGCUACUGUGUUAGCCAGCGAGCUUAACUGUCAGCUGUCUUGCCUCUGUCAUAGGACUGAUGUGGGUCAGAUGAACCAUGGGCCUAAUGAGACAAAGAAGCACUUAAUAUUGUUUACCAAAGAAAUGGUGAUGGAGAAGCCAAGUCCCCUGCUUGUAGGGCGGGAGUUUGUGAGGCAGUAUUACACACUCUUAAACAAGGCUCCAGAUUUCCUGCACAGGUUUUAUGGUAGGAACUCUUCCUAUGUUCAUGGAGGACUGGACCCAAGUGGAAAGCUGGCAGAAGCAGUGUAUGGGCAAGCGGAAAUCCACAAGAAGGUCAUGUCCCUGCAGUUUAGUGAAUGUCACACAAAGAUCAGGCAUGUGGAUGCCCACGCCACACUGAGUGAUGGAGUGGUGGUGCAAGUCCUUGGAGAACUGUCUAACAGUGGUCAGCCCAUGAGAAAGUUUAUGCAAACUUUUGUGCUUGCUCCAGAGGGUUCAGUGGCAAACAAGUUCUAUGUCCAUAAUGACAUCUUCCGUUACGAGGACGAGGUUUUUGGAGACUCUGAAGCUGAGCUUGACGAGGAAUCAGAGGAGGAAGUUGAAGAAGAGCCUGAGGAGAGGCAGCCUUCUCCUGAGCCACUUCAGGAUAGCCCCAACAGCACCACCUAUUAUGAACCUCACCCUGUUACAAAUGGAGUAGAGGAGCCCAUGGAGGAGCCAGCUCCAGAACCAGAGCCGGAGCCUGAACCGGAGCCCAAAGUAGAGGAGAUAAAGCCUGAAGUAGAUGAGAAGGUUUUGGAAGAGAUGGAGGAGAAGGCACCUUCACCAGUUCCUGUGGAAUCCCCACCAAACACCCAGGAGCCUCCCAAGACUUUCUCCUGGGCCUUGGUGACCAGUAAAAACCUGCCUCCUACCGGCACAGUCACCUCCUCUGGAAUCUCACCCCAUGUUGUUAAAGCUCCAAGCUCACAGCCCAGAGUUGAAGCCAAGCCGGAGACACAGACAGCACCUCUUCGGCCCAGAGAUCAGCGCACGCGCGACAGACCGGCCUUCCCUCCGCGGGGUCCGAGACCUGAUGGUGUUGCACCUUCAGAAUCACAAACGGGAAAACCUCACUUAAGUUUUGUGAACAAAGGUGGCAGGGGAGAUGCCGAAUCUGGUGACAUGGACAGCAGGAGGAUUGUCCGGUACCCAGACAGCCACCAGCUUUUUGUGGGCAACCUCCCACAUGACAUUGACGAGAGCGAGCUCAAAGAAUUCUUCAUGUCAUAUGGAAAUGUGGUGGAGCUGCGGAUCAACACCAAGGGUGUUGGUGGGAAGCUGCCCAACUUUGGAUUUGUGGUCUUUGAUGACUCUGAUCCUGUGCAAAGAAUCCUGGGGGCCAAGGUAGAAGGGCCCAUCAUGUUUCGAAACGAGGUGCGUCUGAAUGUGGAGGAGAAGAAGACGAGGGCAGUGCGUGAACGAGAAACUCGUGGUGGAGGAGACGAACGUCGGGACAUGAGGCGCAACGACCGGGGCCCUGGAGGUUCACGAGGCAUCGUGGGAAGUGGAAUGAUGCGUGAGCGUGACGGAAGGGGACCCCCACCUCGAGGCGGCAUGGCCCCCAAACCUGGCAUGGGCUCUGGAAGAGGCUCUGGUGGGCAGGGAGAGGGUCGCUUCACAGCCCAGCGCCGCUGAGGAGAGCACCACCUGCAGUGUGGAAGUAGUACCGUGUUCUUCAUCUUCAACCGUUCUCGUUAACGAAAAGAAAUCUUCAUGUAUAAACGUAUAUAUUUGUUUUUUUUGUUUAUUUUUUAUUUUUGUUCCCUCUUUGUUUUGGAAUGUGACACAGCCUGUCAACCAUUUGUUUGUGAAAUAGACAAAAAAAAAUACGCAAACAAAAAAUUUCGCUUAUUAGUUGUGAGCUGAGCAUCCUUUUCAGGUAUCUCAAGAAUUCACAAACUUUAAUUUGUAAAUUCGUGAAAAAAGGCAAACCAACCAGGAGUAAUCUGCCACAUUAGGAGGGACUGAUGAGACUUAACUACGAUAAUACAGCCCAUCAUUUGGAAAAGAGAUUAUAUGCCUUGACUUAACUGGGGCGCUGCUUCACGAAAUCCCUCUAUUGCACAUUUUAUAUGGUAGUUUUCUGCCCGUUACUGUUGGAAAAGAGUGAGAUGCAAAAUUUGUGCAGUUCCAUGGGAAAAGCUUGCCUUUUACUUUUUUCCUUUUGAGAGACCACUGCUUCAAAAAUGCAUAACGCACUCAUCAAUAUGCACUAAUGGGUACUUUUGUGGUGUUACAUUGACAUCCAUGCUCGGAACGCAGCUGGAGAGACCUCUUUUGUCUCAAAGCGAUACGACUUACCGGGGCAGGCCUCGCUCACAGCCCGUCUGCUGUGACCAAUGUACUUUUCACACUUUUGACCCAAAUACGCAUCAAUUACUGCUGGAUGGACAAGAUGACAAGUAAAUCUGCAUUAUAUUUUUCCUCGUUUAUAAGUCAAUAAAAAAAAAAAAAGCUCAAAUCCUGGACUUUCACCAAAUGAGUGGGGGGACAAAGGAUAAACAAGAAACAAAGUUGGACAAUAGAAGAGUGGUGGUAAUGAUGGCGGC